UCGUAAGAUUUAUCACAAAUAUAUUUCAAAUUAUUUACACGUUUUAGGUCAAAUCGUUAAUUUGAGAUGGAGGUAUUGCAAAUUUACAAGAUUUACAACCCGUCUUUCUCAAAAGUCAUAACAUGCAAGUUUACCCUUAAAACUCCGUAAUUUUACUCCUCUCUGCUUCUCCUUUCCCUGUCUUUCCAAUUUUGCCGAUUUUGAUUGAAAUCAUUCUGUAACUGGUACAAAUUCCAACUUUUUACUGGCUUGAAUCUCAAAUUGAGCCUGAUUUUCAAACAACCAACGGAUUUGGAGUUUGAUUUUGACCAAAAUUUCCAAACUUUGGAAGAAGAACAUUAGUUUCCUGAUUCUAUUAGUAUCUGAUACUACAGUGACACUAGACUCAAGAAUAUUACUUUUCUACAGCAGCGUUGAAAACCUUUAAUUAAACUGUGCCAAAGACCUCAAAAUUCAGACCCCUGGCCUCCCUUGAUUGCAACUAUUCCUUAACAAUGGCUGCUCGUGAACCAGAGAUAAUCACAAGCAAAGACAAAAUGAGAAACUGGUCAAGAGCAAUGAGAGCCCAAGGCAAAACCAUAGGGCUAGUACCUACAAUGGGUUACCUUCACAAAGGACAUCUCUCUCUAGUCAGUGAAGCCCAUCAACAUGCUGACCUCAUUGUAGUCUCCAUCUAUGUAAACCCAGGACAAUUCUCUACCUCUGAGGAUCUUUCCACCUACCCAUCUGACUUUCAUGGUGAUAUACAGAAGCUAAUGUCUGUUCCCGGGAGAGUUGAUGUUGUUUUCAAUCCUUAUGACUUGUAUGAUUAUGGUAGAGUGAGGGAUAGCAAAGGUACGGAAAAGUGUGAGAAUGUAGGGGUGGUGUCUUGCUUGGAGGAAAGGGGAGCCGGGCAUGAAACUUGGAUUAGGGUCGAGAAAUUGGAGAAGGGCUUGUGUGGGAAGAGUAGACCUGUUUUUUUUAAAGGGGUGGCUACAGUUGUUAGUAAAUUAUUCAAUAUUGUGGAGCCAGAUGUUGCUAUCUUUGGGAAGAAGGAUUAUCAACAGUGGCGACUUAUUUGUAGAAUGGUACGAGAUCUAGAUUUUGCUGUCCAAAUAAUUGGAUCAGAGAUUACACGUGAAGAUGAUGGUUUAGCAAUGAGUUCCCGUAAUGUGUACCUUUCCCCCGAGGAAAGGCAAAAGGCAUUGUCUAUUAAUAGGUCUCUGUCAAAAGCCAAACAUGCUGCAGAAAACGGGCAAAUUAGUUGCAAAAGCCUUCAGGAUUCGAUAAUUUUUGCGAUAGAGGAAGCCGGUGGAAAUGUAGACUAUGCUGAGAUAGUGGAUCAAGAGACCUUAGAAGUAGUUGAAGAGAUAAAGGCCCCUGUUGUGAUUUGUGUUGCUGCCUGUUUUGGGAAGACCAGGUUGAUUGACAAUAUGGAGAUUACCACCUAAAGAACAAAAGUUCUGCUUGCGAAAUUGCCAGAUUUUUCUUUUCAUCUUGUAACAUUCCCUUGUUGUGAUUUGUGUUGCUGCCUGUUUUAGGAAGACCAGGUUGAUUGCCACAAUGGAGAUCACCACCUAAAGAGCAAAUUUUUUAAGUUCUGCUUGCGAAAUCAAAGAUUUUUCUUUGGAUCGUAUCAUGAUCCAUUUCAUCUUGUAACAUGUAUGAAGAGCUUUUGUACUUAAACUCUUACUGAUAAUUCAUUUUCAGGGUAGCCAUAAAUUUUGGACCAUUCUGUUUA